AUGGGGCCGAUGUUGAGGCUAACGAUCAGUAAACACGCUGUGUACUUCACAUGUAAAAAGUGUGUACCUGUGUCAGGUAACGGACAAAAGCUGCUCAACAGUGGCAUCAACAGCAGCCACACAGGUGUCCAGGAUUUGUCUGUGGCUGGAGCUUCUCAUCUAGAUUUUACAGGAGUUGUUGAUCAGUCCAGUCAUGACUUCCUCUUUGGCCUGAUGGAUGGAGCUGGGCCAUUUGGACCAGAUCGAGCUGGGCCAUUUGGACCAGGUGAAGCUGGAUCAUUUGGACCAGGUGGAGCUGGGACAUUUGGGCCAGAUGGAGUUGGGUCAUUUGGACCAGAUGGAGUUGGGUCAUUUGGGCCAGAUGGAGUUGGGUCAUUUGGACCAGAUGGAGUUGGGCCAUUUGGACCAGGUGGAGCCGAGUCAUUUGGACCAGAUGGAGCUGGGCAAUUUGGAGCAGAUGUCCAUGUUGAUAUUGCAGCUCACACAAAUCCACCAACCCAGCUGGAUUCUACAGUGAUGAGUUCAAGUGUGACAGCAGCUUUUGGUAACAAUAUAGACCAGCCACAAGGUACCACCCAUCUACUUUAACCACUGCAGACUUCAACAU